CAUGGCGGCCAUUUGUCAGUAGCUCAUUAAUCUGUGAUGGCGGCGUAGUAUAGAAAAGUAUUAAAAUAAAGCGUAGGUAACCGGGUAAUCUGUGGCUUCCACUAUGAGUUCAAAACCAAACAACACAUUUUAUUGUUCAUUUGUUAGCAUCCAUUAUAUUAUCUGUGAGUGCGGAGAUACUUUUCCUACAGAAGAUGAAUUAAAGUUACAUUUGGAAACGGAUCAUAAUCGGCUGAAAAUUGAAACCUAUGAAUUCAAAUGUGCCACGUGUGAGAAAGUUUUCUCAUCAGAAAGAGCCUGUUUGUCUCACCAACGAAUCCAUACAGCUCCUCAGCCUCGCGUAUUCCGUUCUCCAGACUCUUUGGGAAAGAAGAAGUCUAAUGGUGUUAAAAGACAUGUCUGUGAGAACUGCGGCAAACAAUAUGCUACAAAUGCAGCUCUCCGCUAUCACCAGCGUGUGCACACAGGCGAGCGCCCAUACAAGUGUUCUUUAUGCCCUAAAGCCUUCACUAUGCCACUUUUUCUACAGAUCCAUGUUCGCACGCACACAGGUGAGCGUCCAUACCAGUGUCCACAUUGUCCCAAAGCUUUUAGCAAUAAAGCAGCACUACUUAGACAUGAUCGGGUCCAUACAGGUGUGAAACCCUACGGCUGUCCCACAUGUGGCAAGACCUUUACUCAAUCAAAUUCCAUGAAACUUCAUGUCAACACUGUGCACCUUAAAAUGCCUGCCCCUUACAAGAGCAAGAGCAGAAAGCUGAAGGAUGCUGAGAGAGAGCGGAGACGUAUGGCAAUGCAAGCUGAUGUUCGUAUUCAAAAGACAGCAGUCCAAAUCGAAAGUCCACAGAACUUGCCGGAAGCAAUCAAGACCGAGUUGGUCUAUGAAGAUGAUAUUGUGUACGCAGAGGAAGCUGAUGCUCAGGAAAUCUAUGAAGAGUCCGAAAUCCCCGUUUACGCUGGCGAGGAGCUCUUCCACGGAGUAAAAGAAGAGCAAGAGGAAGAGAUGAUCUUCUAUGAAGAAGACGUAGAAUACCCUGAAGUUAUGUAUGAAGAAGUUUAUGAGGUCACAGAGGCCUAUAACUCAUAGGAGUGAGAAUUAUUUACAUAAAAAAACUGCAUAAUGCCGAGGUAGAACUCUUAUCUUUAAAAUAUAAGGUUUAAUAGUUAAAAUUUAAGUUUGUAUAGAAUUAAAAUAGUCUAUAAUCACAAUUUAAUUUAGGAAUUCAUACACGUGAGUAGUUAUAUCAAAGAAAUAAUAAACGCGUUUUAAUCGGUUCAAUUACGUUUUAAAAGUGAUUCGAAAAUACAAUAUAUCAAGCAUAUCGAGGCAUUCUAAGCUAACAUUUAAUUCAUAAUUAGUUCCAGAAAAUUUUAUUAUAAAAACAAUGCUACUGUGACCGUAUGAAUUAAGAACUCGGACACUCAAGAAAAAAAAAAGAACGUAUUUUGUAUGCGUGUUUAAGAAAUUAUCAAUCGCGGCAUCUACUGGUGAUUAGGCGAACUUUUGUGAUUUGAAGUCAAAAGUACUUGUAAAAAUAAUUACUACACAAAAUAACGACAAUGCUUAAUAUAAAAUAAAUUAUCUAUGAAAUAUUCGUUCUAUUACAAUUUAAUAUUCAUUCAAUAAAAAUCUUAACAGAUAUUUCACUGAUAAUUUGUAACUAAAAUAUGGUCCAAGAGAUUAGAAAAUGCACUUUAAUAUGUAAUACAGCCAAAGCGAGUAAUAAGGAAAGAGAAAAAUGGUCGGUUAAAUUACUGUUGAAUAACUUGUCGAUGAUAUGCUAUUGUAUUUAUAAUCAAUAGCAUACAGUGUAAACUCUAUACCGACACUCAAGGGAGUUGUUAAAUGAAAAGAAGAAAAAUCUGUAUUAGAAAAAGAAAUAGUUAAUUUCAGACUAGUGCUUUUGCUGUACCAGUAAUUAUGUUGUUUUUUUUUUACUCAUUUUAUUAAUAUCUUGCGAUUGAGGCAUCUUCGUGAUAAAGCACGUGCAAGCAAUCCCAAUUUGUAUACAAAAGAAUGGAGAAAGUUCGGUAGGUAUGAUGGCACAAUUCGAGUUACGUACUAGAAAUUAAAGCGACAAAAGAAUGUACACAGUUUUAACUACAACCAAAGCGGAGAGAUUUCUACGCUUUAGGGGGUUUGUCGUUAAAUCAAGGACGUUACAGAUACCGGCAAACUUCUUGAGCAUUAAACAAGGGAGUGGGGGAAAGUUUGCGCAUCGCGGGACACAUACGUCAACUGAUUUACCAAUCACGCGAUCGACACGUCACUCUCCCGCCGCCACGCACCCCCCCAGGCAAGGACAUUUGUUCAAAAUGUUUGCCGGUAUCUGUACAUGGAGUUUACACUGUUUAUAAAAAAAUUAAAUGAGCAAGUUCUAAGUUUGACGUGAGCAAAGCCUUAGCCAAGUACGCUUUAGAUAUCAACUUUGUCGAUGUCUUUGAAUCUUCUCCUUACAACCGUACUCAGACUCGUCCGACAAAAUUUUCUUUAAUAAUUCAUACAACGCUUGCAAAGCUUCGGCAUUUAAUGCCGUCAUUAACUUACUUGAGGAAGCAUGAGGCAAAUAUGUAGCAUACAAUUAGUUUGUUAGUUAAUUAUUGACUUUGAGUACGGCUGUUAGUUUCUUUAAGAUAAAUUUUAGAUUUAAGUUUACAUAAGUACUGUAUAUAAAAAUUAUAAGUGAAUUAUUGAUUUCCGCACAAUGUAUUAUGUUUGUUUAAACGAAAAGCUGUUUUGUCAUUUAAGUCUAUCGCUUUUCGAUAUUAGGCAAACCUACCGACUUUUCAUACAAUUUGUCCAGUUAUCACAUGUAUUCUAUUGGUACUUCGGUUUAGUUCCAAAUACGACCACGGAACAAUAUUUUUGUUCAACAAUCUAUAGUUACUCUCCUAUUAUGAUAGCUAUUCCAUUAUUGGUAUUGUUCGUGCUAUAGUCUGAUUAGUCCAUAAUGGUUGUACCCAUAGACAAACAGAAAUAUGAAGUUGUCAAAUGUGACAGUUGUCUUUUCAGUAAAAAAAAAAAUACAAAUGGCCUUAAUGGCUCUUGGCCUGCCUUAAUGAUUCACUUUCCAUGUUUCGUCAAUAUUGAACAUUACUAUAUGUGGGUGAUUGCAUAAAUCUAAUGCAUAAAAAAUGAUUUUUGUAUAAUAUAAUUAUAAAAAUUUGA